AUGGAUCAACCCAGUGCAGGAAAACAGAAUGAUCCCUCACUCAUCUGCAGCCUGUCGGCUCUGGAUCGCAAAGUCUGGGCUGCCACCAGGGAAGAGAUCCUGGGGCAAGGAGGGGACGCAGCAGCAUCGCUGGGGCUGAUGGAGAGUGCUGUGCUGACGCUCUGUCUGGAAGACUGCAACGCACCUUCUGAACUGGCUGAUAUCCUCAAUGCAGUGAGGCUGGGAGGAGGAGGAGACGGCCCAUGUCUGAGAUACUAUGACAAGGUGGUGAACCUGGUGGUGUUCAAGGACAGCACAGCUGGGAUGGUGUUUGAGCACAGUGCUGUGGAUGGGAUGGUGGCUGGGCUUGUUACUGAGCUUGUGUACAAUCUGUCUGAGACUGUUGACUUAAACAUUAUUCAUGCUGACACCGUGAAUGGAGGGCAGAGGGGCCUCUUUGAUGCUUGGAUCAACUUCUCUUUGCAGCUUUCCCUGAGGCAGACUCUUGGGGAAUCUGCUUCCAAUCACAUGCUUGUAACACCUACCCAUGUCCGCCAUUACAAACAUGGCCGUUGUGACCCGACUUACUCACUCACCAUGGAUUCACACAACUUAGUAUGUGCCUUGGAGUCCUGUGUUGGCCCAGAUAAUAAAAUCCAAUACACUGCAGAACUCCUCUGCUUGUUCCAUGUCGCAUUUUUGGAGCAUAAGAACCUCAUCAGAAACACCAAAAGUGGUCGAGGAGUUGGUCCACACCUAGCUGUUCUGCGUCGAUCGUUGCAGCCUGACAACCCACUGAAGAAGUACCUGGACCCCUUUGGAUGUCCCUCUGUGUACCUCACAGGUACAGAUCUGGUGGAGGGUACGGAGUUGGCAGUAGGGAAUGUGUACGCCCAAGAUCAGCUGGCUGUAACCUACCUUGGAAAAAAAGACAAGGUUCGCAUUGUGCUUAAUGGGAAAGGGAGCUUUGCUCUGCAACUGGAGAAGCUUCAAGAAAGUGUGAAGAUAAACCUGAAGUUAGUGAUGGUUCUAGCAGUUAGAUAUGCCAUUGCACACCAAAUGGGAGCUCUGGAGUAUCUACUGAAUCCGGGUCAAACUGAGAAAAUAAAUGAAGAGACUGACUGUCCAGAUAGCACAGCCAAUGACAAUGCCACUGUUGACUCCACUCCUGGCAUGAACACAGACUACACUCUGGUGAUCCAUGGUGGCGCUGGAGAGGAGAUGAUGCUGAACCCUGAAGUGAUUGGGGCUAUUGAGUUUGCUCUCCAGACAGCCCUAACCCUUGGCUCCCAAGUGCUUCAACAAGGUGGCAGGAGUCUGGAUGCAGUUCAGAAGUCAGUAGAAGCUCUGGAGGACUGCUUCCUGUUCAAUGCAGGUAAAGGCUCAGUAUUCAACAAAGAUGGCAAAAAUGAAAUGGAAGCAACCAUUGUGGAUGGCAAUGCAAUGAGGUCAGGAUCUGUUGCUUGUGUCCAAAGUGUGAAGAACCCAAUAAAAGCAGCCAGAUGUGUCAUGGAGAAAAGCUCACAUUCACUCAUUGUGGGAGAAGGGGCUGAGGAGUUUCUGCAAGGGUUAGAGGAGAAGGAAAAACCUGUUGGGCCUGAGUAUUUCUACACUGAUAUACGUCACAGAGAGUUAACUGCAAAACUCACUGCUGGAAAUACCUCAAAAAACAAUCACCCUCAGACAGUUGGAGCUGUGGCCUUGGAUCGUUGGCAUGGGUUGGCUGCUGCAUCAUCUACAGGUGGGGUAGUGGGAAAGCUGAAAGGGCGAGUUGGGGAUACAGCAGUGGUAGGUGCAGGAAUAUAUGCUGAUGACAAGUUAGCCAUUACCUGCUCUGGAGAUGGGGAUGUAUUUCUGAGACAAUCAGUUGCACAGAAAAUAGCCAGUCUCUACCAUCACACAGGCUAUAGCCUUAGGCAGGCAUGCAGAGAAGUGAUGUCUGAAAAUCUAGAUGGGAUCUGUGCAGGAGUCAUUGCUGUGGACACUAAAGGUGAUGCCAUCAUUGAAACAAAUGCUGGAGUGAUGUUUGUGGCCUCAAUGACUGAUGGCAUUUCACGAGUAGAGGUCCUCAGGCCCCUGAAGAGCUUUUCUGAUGUCAUCUGGGAAACUGAUGAGCUGAUUGCCUACCUGCAUCCCAACCCCUGGACCCCUGGGACAACCAUUCUGACGAGAAAAGCUCUUAGCGGGGCAAGCAGCGUCUUCCAGUUGGCUACACCUGAUUUUGUGGCAAUGCUACAAGGAGCUAGAGCUGUGUCAAGCUUGCUCUGUGAGCGAUUGGGAGUACAGCGAUGUGCCUUGGUUUUCAAUCCAACCUCUGAUCAGCCAGCACAAAUCAGACUGCUCCCUCUUCAUGGCCUAGAGCCAAAAUGGCAGCCCCAUCUUGCCAGUGAAGAGGAAUUCCAAACGUUUGACUCCGGCUACUGCACCUCACGAAGUGGCCCACGCUGGGAUGAUGAGGCACUGUCCCAAGUUCAAGCCAAGAUUAGAAACGGGCUGCCAACACCAAAUGCCCCUUCUUGCUUUGACUUCUUUGGAGAUGCUUCCAAUGAUAACCUGUUCAGUCGUAUUGUACGUGGAGAGCAGCAGCAGUGGAGAGUGUGGGAAGACAGUGAGCAUGUUGCCUUCCUGACACCGUACCCAAACAGUCCUGGACUAACUGUUGUGGUGCCACGCAAACAACUGUCCAGUGACAUCUUCAAACUGGAGGAGUCUGACUACAAAGCACUGAUCUUAGCCACUUACAAAGUUGCCAAACUACUGGAAGAGGGGAUGAGAGCUCGAGGUGUUGCAUUGAUCUUCGAGGGCUUUGCGAUUGACUAUGCUCAUGCCAAGCUGAUCCCUCUGUUACCUUCACCAGAUGGCACUAAACCGGCUAAGCUGCAACCAGAAUGCUUCCAGAGCUACCCGGGAUAUGUGUCAUCACUGGAUGGCCCAACUGCUGACCCUGCAGCCCUCAAAAAGAUCCACUCCCAAAUCACCCAGUCCAGGCCUCCUCAUUCAUGGCAGGACCCCGAGUCUCACUCCACACUGGCCAUCAAGAGCCAGUGGUAUCGCAACCUGUUCCAGAUUCAAAACACUCUUUUCCACAGCACAGUGGAAUAUUUCCACAGUUCCUGCCAGUACUCCUACGCUCUAACCCCUCUCACCACAGACACCAUCUCCUCACCGAUGGGCUUGGGAUCUGACUCAGAACCGGUUUCUGUCAACCUGCUGGGCCAGGACAUCUACCUGGCUGACUCGAUGCAAUUUGUGCUUGAAUACUUCCUUCGUUUCCAGGAGAACCUGCCGGGGACGUACUACAUAUCUCCCAGCUUCAGAGGAGAAGAUCCAGAUGCCACACACUUGAACCAGUUCUACCACGUGGAGUGUGAACUGCUGGGUGACAUGGACAAUGCCAUUUCCAUAGCAGAGGGAUACCUGGCUUAUCUCACCAAAGCCAUGUUGAAGAAACACUCUGAUAUAAUCCUCAACACUGCUGGGACCCUUACACAUGUCAAAGCUAUGCUGAGUAAGCUGGAUGGGAAAACACCACUCCCAAGGAUCCCAUUAGACCAGGCCAUUCCCAUGAUGCCCUCUGCUGACUGCUUAGAGUGGGUUCAAGAUGGCCAGCCACACUUUGGAAGAAAGCUAACACGCAAAGGGGAGCAUGUCCUGAUAGAGAAAUAUGGUGGCGCUGUCUGGCUGACUGAGAUGGACCAUCUUGGAGUUCCCUUCUACCAGGCCUAUGUGGAGGGCACUGGACGGUGCAAAGCCAAAGCUGCUGACCUGCUCCUGGGGCUGGGGGAGACUGUGGGUCUCGGUGAGCGUCAUUCCACCCCUGAGAUGGUGCAGGAGGCCCUCAGGCACCAUGCAGUGCCAGAGCAGUCCUACAAAUGGUACAUUAGCAUGCGGCAAGUGAAACCACUCCUCACCAGUGGAUGGGGAAUGGGUACGGAGCGCUACUUGUGCUGGCUGCUUCAGCAUGAUGACAUCAGAGAUAUAAAUAUCAUCCCUAGGAUGAAAGGAAUGAAGUACAUGCCCUGAUCCUAAGUACUCCAUAUUUUCAGGCCUUUGGAUAUGAUACGAUAUGAUUGAAAUUGAGUUUGGAAAGUUAGAAGCAGAACAAAUUAGAGAUGUAAUCACAAAACCAGAGAUGAUUCAAAUCAAUUUUGUUUUCUGAUUUGCUUAAAAUAUAUGCAUUUAGUGUGAUUUUUGUGGAUUCAUUAUCAUUGCUGCUCUCAUUACUACUGAUCAAAUAAAUUCAAAUUACUGACCAUUUGUCUAUAGAUUUACAACUGAAAAUAUGUUGACAUGCCUCGAUAAAUGUCCAGAUCCUGCUCUAAUCACAUCAGAUGAAUGACAAGUUGUGAAUUUAAAAAUGCUAUUUUUUGUUCGAGCAGUUUGUGAUCCCUGUUAAUGUAUGCAUAUUGUAUUAUUGUGUUGGUUCGUACUGUUAUCUUAAUUGUUAUGAAAUCAUCAAUAAAA